GUCACCUUAGUUGUUUGGAAGGAGAAAAGGGUACGAGCAGCGGUAUUGCCCGCAUAUACCGGCUCGGGCUGGCUUUUAUGAUUAAAGUAGCAUCUUCUGGGUCCUGAAAAAUGUCCACGCCUGCUCGAAGACGCCUUAUGAGAGAUUUCAAAAGGCUGCAGGAGGACCCGCCAGCGGGCGUUAGCGGAGCCCCCUCGGAAAACAACAUCAUGAUGUGGAACGCGGUUAUUUUUGGACCUGAGGGAACCCCGUUUGAAGAUGGAACUUUUAAGCUUGUGAUAGAAUUUUCAGAAGAGUACCCGAACAAGCCUCCCACGGUUCGAUUCAUCUCCAAAAUGUUCCACCCCAAUGUUUACGCAGAUGGGAGCAUAUGUCUAGACAUCCUUCAGAACCGCUGGAGUCCCACAUACGACGUCUCCUCCAUCCUGACGUCGAUACAGUCCCUGUUGGACGAGCCCAACCCCAACAGCCCGGCGAACAGCCAGGCCGCGCAGCUGUACCAGGAGAACAAGCGCGAGUACGAGAAGAGGGUGUCGGCCAUCGUGGAGCAGAGCUGGAGGGACUCUUAACACAGGAAUCACCUGCGACGUGGUCAUCAGAACCCAAGCUUUCGUUUACCUCAUCCAGAGAGGAGGAAGUCAAACGGCAGGACUUCGAAGUGCCAGGAGAAAAUAAAAUAAAAAAAUUGUAGGAACUUUUACUUGCUUGCCAACACAUUUGGAGAAACAAAAAACGAUCUUUUAGGUUUGUGUUGUUCUUAUUUCCGUUUUCAUUGCAUGAUGCAAAAUAAGUUAUUUGCUGACAGAAUUUGUAAAAUAUCUUUUUUUUUGGGAUUGAUUCUGAUAGUUUGGUUUCUACAGCAUCUUUUAUUUUGAAAUGUGUUCCAUGGUUUGAAUAACAGUGGCUGUUGGAAACUAUUAUUGGUAAAAUUACCAAAACUUUUUUUUAGUUUUGUUUGACAAAUUACUACUCCAUGGAAUUCUGCAAGAUGAGUCUUGUUUGGAAAGUGCAAAGAGGACUGGAGCAUUAGUUUUGGAUUAUUAAAGCUAGUGUACGUAAAGGCCAUCAACUAAGACUGUUUGUGUAUCGUGUGCACAAUGUGAGAUACGUUACGAUCGUUCGCAUUUAAAGCGUAUCAAAUCAAAGCAGUUCUGACACAAAGGGAUACUAUGGUGUAGGUGCUAUGAGCAAAGACGGGUCAGAGUCUGUCUGCACCAUGAAACUGGUCAGAAUUCAUCAAGGGCUGUCCACAUUUGACAACAUACUGGAGCCAGGUUUUUCUUUCUUUUUUUUGUUUGUUGUCUCAUCCAAUUAACAGUAAUAGUAUUUACUAUGAGGGGUUGACCAUACUGAAAACUAUGAUGAAUGACAGACAUUUUUUCCAAGGAGAAGAGCGAGGUCAUAAAGCUAGUUUUUUUGUGAAUUUAUUGAAAACAAUGUACACUUAAAAUAUGCUGUAUAAAUAUAAUAAAAUACAUUUUACAGACUU